AACGACACGCGCUUUUUGUGUACUUGUAUCAAGCAUUCCUUGAAGCAAGCAUUGGGUCAACCACAAUUCCAACACUUCCCUCGCCUUUACUUCCGAAGCAUCGGUUCAAGCAAGAUGGACAAAGUUCAAGAGCUGGUUCUGAACCCGCUCAAACCAUACCUCGCGCCCAUUACCUCCAACCUCCCAGGACCCAUCAAUGACUUCGCCGUCGGCCUAUUAGGCGAUCCCUGCCACAGCGCGCUCCUUCUCGACCUGGACGUCGUCUCGCACCCGGAAUGCGUAUCUCUCGCGAUCUCCAAAGCUUUGGGCGUCGCCAUCAUCGGCGCGUCUGCUAUCGUCAAAGUCCCCCAGAUCAUCAAGCUAGUGCAGUCCAAAUCGGCCGAGGGCCUGUCCUUUACUAGCUAUCUAUUGGAAACAGCAAGCUUCGUCAUCACAUUGGCGUAUAACGUCCGCAACGGCUUCCCGUUCAGCACAUACGGCGAGACCAGUCUGAUCGCGAUCCAAGAUGUGGUCAUUAGCGUCUUGAUCCUGGUGUACUCGGGCAAGACGGCGCAGGCGGGUGCGUUUGUCGCUGCAGUGGGAAGCGUGGUGUACGCCCUGAUCGUCUCGGACACGCUGGUCAGCACUCAACAAAUGACGAGCCUGCAAGCCUUUGCUGGAGCGUUGGGUAUCUCUAGCAAAUUGCCGCAGAUUCUUACCAUCUGGCGUACGGGUGGGACGGGACAGUUGUCUGCGUUUGCCGUGUUCAAUUACUUGUUUGGCAGCUUGAGUCGGAUUUUCACUACGCUGCAGGAGGUGGAUGAUAAGCUUAUUCUGUAUGGAUUUGUGGCUGGAUUUGUCUUGAACGCUGUGCUCGCGGCGCAGGUGCUUUACUACUGGAACAGUCCGACGACCGCUGGUCACGGAAAGGAAGUUGACACGAAGCCGGGUCUUCAGGGUGUUGGUCAGAAGGGCAACGCUGCAUAUGCUACUGAUGAGGCUCUCAAGAAGGGUGCACAUGCGGUCACUAGCGGUGCUAGACCAAGCAGCAGCAGUGGCAGACGACGAGGUUGAUCACUCCCACAAGGGUAUCAAUGGAGUUAGAUAAGUUGUAAAAAUAUCUUCUGUUUCUGUUUUCGUCAUGCGUUGGCUGCUUGCCGUGCCUGUUUGCCUAAUCUCGAGAACAUUUGCUGUUGUUCUCCAAAGCACCGUCAAACACCAGGAGGCGCCCAAUUUCGCCAAUACUCAUUUUCCCGGAACAAGCCGUCAUCACCAGGACGUUUUUGCAGAAUACGAGCAGUCAAGACGAUCACUUACUAUCUUUUGAAAACAAUCACAAGAAUUGCCG